UCAUUCAUAAGCAAGAGCUGGGGCUGGAUUAAGUGCCAUUCUCUGCUGGGGAUUUCUUCUCUGGCCACCUGUGGAGGCCACAGAGGACACUGCUUCCUCUCUCUCCCUGUUCCGUGUGUGGGGCUGGGUGAGUGCAAGGAGCUGGGACCUGCUGAGAUCUGCCAGGAGAGUGUGUCCCCACCCAUCUCAGGAGCAGGUCCUACCAGCCCAGCCCAGCUCAGAGCAGGCAGCGGAAGCCACAAGGAACACAGAAAAUAGCUCUGCCCCUCUGGCUUAUCUCAGCAAAGAGCAGUGCCCAGCCCAGCUCAGAGGGCAACGGGACAGGUCCAGGAGGACUUGAGGACAUAAGGAACUUGGGCCUCGGAUGUGCCCGUGGGAAGCUGAAAGAGCCCGAGGGAGGAGGAAAGCGGCCGUCCACGCUCCGGUGUUGUCUUGGCCCUGGGUUCCAUCUGUGAACGUCUGCGUGGGUACAUGCUCCCAAGGCUGCCUGACUCCUUACGUCUGGAAGUGGAAGAAUACCGUCCCUAAGGCAAGGGCUGUGACUCCUCUUCCUCCGCUGGCCCAGCCGUCCGUGCCUCCGUGCAUGCGCGUACUUGUGUGGUGGAGGGUGUGGAUACAUAGCGAUUUCUCUCCACUGUUGAUGAAGCUGUGAUCCAAAGCACCCGACACCCGGCAGCCAUCUGCUUCCCCGCCGCCAUAGCCCGCAUUCCCAUGCCCUGCUUGCCUUGGGGCUCUCUCUGCGCGGGCCUCCAGGCCCGGCCCAGAGAUGAACACGAGGCCAGAGCCCUAGUGUGCCUCACGACGCCCCCGGCCUAGCUCCUCCUCACACUUCGGUACGAUGCUGCUCAACAGCUCAGUUAUCCCGUGCCCGGACUACCGGCCCACCCACCGCCUGCACAUGGUGGCCUACAGCCUGGUGCUGGCCGCAGGGCUCCCCCUCAACGCGCUGGCCCUCUGGGUCUUCCUGCGCGCGCUGCGCGUGCACUCCGUGGUGAGCGUGUACAUGUGCAACCUGGCGGCCAGCGACCUGCUCUUCACCCUCUCGCUGCCCGUGCGCAUCUCCUACUACGCCCUGCACUACUGGCCCUUCUCCGACCUCUUGUGCCAGACAGCGGGCGCCAUCUUCCAGACGAACAUGUACGGCAGCUGCAUCUUCCUGACGCUCAUCAACAUGGACCGCUACGCGGCCAUCGUGCACCCGCUGCGGCUGCGCCACCUGCGGCGGCCCCGCGUGGCGCGGCUGCUCUGCCUGGGAGUGUGGGCGCUCAUCGUCGUGUUAGCCGUGCCCACCGUCCUGGUGCACAGGCCCUCGUCCUGCAGCUACGGAGGCGGCCAGGUGCGCCUGUGCUUCGAGAGCUUCGGCGACAGGCUGUGGAAGGGCGGGCUGCUGCCGCUCGUGCUGCUGGCCGAGGCGUUGGGCUUCCUGCUGCCCCUGGCGGCCGUGCUCUACUCGUCGGGCCGCGUCUUCUGGACCCUGGCGCGGCCCGACGCCACGCAGAGCCAGCGGCGGCGGAAGACCGUGCGCCUCCUGCUGGCCAACCUCGUCAUCUUCUUGCUGUGCUUCGUGCCUUACAACACCACGCUGGCCGUGUACGGGCUGCUGCGGGGCAACCUGGUGGCGGCCAGCAGCGACGCCUGCGAUCGGGUGCGCGGGGUGCUGAUGGUGAUGGUGCUGUUGGCCGGCGCCAACUGCGUGCUGGACCCGCUGGUGUAUUAUUUCAGCGCCGAGGGUUUCCGCAACACGCUGCGAGGCCUGGGCACUCCGAACCGCGCCAGGACCUUGGCCACUAACGGAACCCUGGGCACGCUCGCCGAACAGCCCACCGAGACCAGCAGCAUCACCAGGCCGGCUACCGCCGGACAGGAGCUGCUCAGGCCCUUCAACGUCGGGAGGCCCUGGACCCAGUGCCCGGAGGACUCAGCCCUCUGAAAGCACGUCUUGCCACCGCAGGGUCACCCCCACCUCUCACCCCCUAGCGCCGCUCCCACGCGCACACUGCCAGGGUGUGUACAUGAGGGAAGUGGGUUGGGCGCUUGGGACUUCUGGGUGGCAGUUCCUGCCCAUAAAUGCAGAAGAGAACAAAGUGUGGGGAGCCACAGACACGGGAGGGAGGAAUGCCGGUGUUAAUUGCCUUCUUUAAUUUGGUGGUGACGGUGAGCAUGAGGCCCACCGCGGCCCCAGUCCCUAGGAAGUGUUGCUGUGAGCCUUCCCAAGGCAAAGGCAGACGACUGGAUGACAUGCCCUUGGCGUGGUCGUGAAGGACCUUGAGAGCUGGGAGAUAGAACAGAAAGUGGGUGCCCUGGAUUUAUACCCACCACAGGAGUCUUAGGACCACAGGUGCCACCCACCCUCGUUUCCACCUGGGCUUCCCUUGCCCAGCACUGAGGCACAAUAUGAGUUUACUCGCUACAGACAGAAUUGGUUUCCUUCUUGGUUAGCGACUUGUAACAAUUUGGGCCUGACCCGCAGCAUGUGGUGGUUGGGGGCAGGGCAAAACCGAGUGUUGGAGGGCAUUUUCUCCCCAGAUUCGGUCCCUAUAGCCCUUUCCACCUUUCUCAGUCCACCCUGCCCUGCCUUUGAGACCUCCUCCGUCCUAAAUUCUCUCUCUCUCUCUCUCUCUCUGCCUCUGGUGCUUCAUCUAGAAUUAAGGAGAAAAUUCUUUAUACUAAAGUAGCAGUUCUUAAACUUUGUUCUCAGAUCCGUUAACAACUCUUAAAAAUCGAGAAUGCCAAAGAGCUUUUGCUUACACUUUAUUCUUUUGAUACUUAACCAUAUCAGAAAUUAAAACUCACAAGUUUUAACAACAGAAGCACACAAGCACACCUUCCAUUGAGAGCAAUAAUGUCAUCAGAUUUCGUGGAGCCUCUGGAAAACUCCACUGUACACCUAUGAGAGAUGAGAAUGCAAAGGACAAAUGACAUGAUGGGAGAAGCAGUAUUCCGAAAAUAACUUUGACCUUGUGGACAUUCUUAAAGAGCCACUAUUAGAAUUCAUAUGUAUCUUCUUCCCAGGGCAUAUAUAUACUUUGUUUCUUAUUACUGCCAGGGGCAGGGCAAUACUGGCAAAUCAAUUGCUAGUUGUAGUCCUGAAGGCUUGAGGGUUUGCAGGGGUAGGUAGGUAGGGGUUGCACACCCAGUGCAACACCACCUUGGGCUUCCUGGAGCGGCAGCCCUGAGGUGCGGGUGAACUAGUCACAUACUCAGAGGAGGGGCGGGGCUCCUCUUUCCCUGGGAAGGGAAAAGGGGACGGAUUGCCACAGCCAGGAAAGAAAUUUCCAGGAAAAUAAGAGUGCAAUGGGAGGACAGGAAUAAGCUGGCUGUUCUUCACCAGCUGGAGGCAAAGGAAAUGGAAGACUGGUUAACGGGCCACCUACUGUUUCCUUCCCUCUUUACAGGAGUGGGGCUGGGAGGGGUUGCAGAGUUGGCAUCUUGAGACUCUGCGGAACUGAGGAAGUUGCUGCCAUGCGUGUGUCCUGUAUGCAUUUCUAUGUCUCUCAAUGAUGUAUGUUUCUGUGUGUGGAGAGAGAGAGAGAGAGGGAGAGAGA